CCCCCAUCCUGCUCACAACAUCACCCACCUUGCCCCCUGUCUGGACUUGACUUACAGUAUCAACCCUAGGUUAUAGGAUGAUUGGUAGAGAAGGGACAAAGUGUCAGAAAGUUUCAGUCCAAUCAGAAGCAAAAUGACUAUUAUUUCUGUGACACGCCUUCAGCAAGACUGUGAUUGGCUCAAACUUCACUUGCACCCAGACCAGUCUCUGCCCAAUGGAGCUUACAAUCUCACACACGCACACAACUCACUUAUUUCUAAUGAUUAUUUUAACUUUAAUAGUUUUGUUAUACAUAGGGAGUUGUAUUUAUUAUAUUUAUUUUAUUGGAGUUGCCAUACUGCAUCUCCCAUAAACACUCCCAAUCCCUUUAGCUAUUUCCUUUUAAUGUCACUUGUAAACAGAGUAACAGAAAUAGACAAGACCUCAACAACUCAUAAAGAUAUACAAAUCUAUUUGUACAUGUAUUUGCAUGGUCCACCUAUGAUCACAUCAUCCAUUCUGAUGUCAUCACUUUUAAAUGCAUGGCUUACCCACAAUUACAUCGCCCAUUGUAACCCAUGGCAACAUCAUUGUGAUGUCAUCACUUGAAUGAUUGCCAACAAUUACAUGACCCAUUGUAACCUUUGGCAACACCAUUGUGAGGUCAUAAUGAUAAAACCAGGUGCAGCUGUUACAGCUGGUCUGUAGUCAUGGCAACGUCAUUGUGAGGUCAUCACUUGGAUGAAACCAAGUGCAGCUGUUACAGCUGGUCUGUAGUCAUUUUAUGUUUAGUGGUCGAGGAGGAAGGAGCUAUUUCUGAAUCCUCAAACCAUUAUGCUUAAUUUGUAUUUUAUUGUUAUUUUCUUUUUUUUUCUUUUACUAAUUAAGUUUAAUCAAGAUCAAUCUUCAAUGAAAUUUUCAUAUUUAAAAUGUAUUAUUGUCCUGCUAUUAGGCUUCUUUGCAGGAUAUUUAGAAGUGCAAUUUAUAUAUGUAGUUGCAGGAAUACUGGUGUGGAGCUGGUACUGGCACCGAAAGCCUAGUAGCCACCCAUCAGAAAUAAAGCCUCAGGACAAAGCCAAGGAACAGACAAAGGCCCCACACAAAGUAAGGCUCACCCCAUUACUAAUAAUGUCCAUUAACAAUAUAGGAGACAGUUGUACUGAAUUCUUUAGUAAAGAGACAGUUCAUCUUUUUAUGAAAAGUUUCAUUCCUAGCAACUUUUCAAUUGGUCUUCAUUUUCAAUAGUUAUUGGAUUAUAACAAAUGCCCUUUGAGGCUACAAUUGUAUUGUUACUGUUUAUCACUUAUAUUUCUGUUCAGGCCUCUCCCUUUUAUAUUCCUGUAUCUCAUUCAAACCAAAGCAAUCUCCAGUCUAAUCAUUGCGGCUCAUAUGUAAAACUGUGCCCCCACAAUUGCAUUUAUUUCUGCAGCUGCAAAAAUCCUAAUAAACGGAGGAAUAUGCAUUCUGACAUCUCACUUGAGUUCAUUCCUCACGUUAAACAAAAAGAAGUUUUUAUAGAGGGAAAAAUGUGAAUUUCUAAGUGCAAUAAUGGGACAUGAUCACUAAUAUUCAUCUCUCUCUGAAUGUGCAGGUCGCAGAUAAAGAAUUUGAGAAAGUCCAGUGCCUGAGUGUGAUUAUGGAGCAUAUGUGGCCUUAUCUGAGCAAGUACUUGGUGAAGUUUCUAAAGCAGAAGAUUCAGCCCAAACUUCGUUCCAAAUCCAGAUAUUUGAGCAAUUUCUGCUUCUUUGACAUUGAUUUUGGUAAGAAGGCUCCACAGGUGACUCAUAUGAGAGUCCAAUCAGAUCCAGAGAAGAAGCAGAUUAUCAUGGAUCUCCAAAUCAAAUACAAUGCACCAGUGAAGUUGGAUGUUGGACUCUCUGAACGUGCAGCUCUAGCCAGAGUGAACAACGUAAAGCUUGAGGGAACAUUCCGAAUCAUUUUUGCCCCACUGAUGGGAAACAAGCCCUUAAUUGGAGCUCUGACCUUCUAUUUCCCUCAACGACCGGCGUUGCAGCUAGACUGGACAGGACUCACCCGCCUGCUGGAUAUUCCUGGUCUGCACUCGCUGACAAACAGAAAGAUUGUGGAGAAAAUUGCAACUUUCUUGGUUUCCCCAAAACACAUCACCAAGCGAAUCACAUCAAAAUGUGAUGUGACUGAAUUGCACUUUAAAGAGCGCAAGAACGCAGUGCGUAUCCAUGUACUAGAAGCAAGGAAUCUUGUCGCCAAAGACUUCUACACGAAAAAGUCCGACCCUUUUGUUGUUGUACGUGGAGGAGGCAAAACUUUCAAAACAAGGGUCAUAUCCAAAACCCUGAACCCAGAGUGGAAGCAGACAUUUGAGGUACCCAAUCCCCCCGAGAUUUAUUUACCCACAAACACAGAUUUAGGCUCAGUUCUACUGUCACUCAAUGUCUUCCCUUUACAUUAAUUCCCAUAUAUUGUACAUUAUAAGAUCACAGUUUAUUUUAUAUACAGAUUUAUAGAUAUGCAUAGAACUGGCGCUGUAGUGUUUGCCUUGGCUGAGGCAUUGCAGCCGCACUGUAAUAGGA